AAGCCGACCGGACUGCACGACAGCAAGCACCGCUACUGCACGACUACACAGGCAAUUUGCAACACGAUGGGCAGAGUUCAUGAGAUCAUCGUUGAGAACUUCAAGUCCUACCAGGGCAAGGUGAAGAUUGGGCCCUUCAGGAAGUUUACUUGCAUCAUCGGACCGAAUGGAGCGGGCAAGUCAAACCUCAUGGAUGCCAUCAGCUUUGUACUUGGUGUACAGGCGAGGCAACUGCGAGGGGAGCGUGCGCGAGAUUUGGUGUAUUGCACAGAGAAGGAGGAUCCAAAGAAGAACCAGCGCACUGCAUAUGUCGAGCUCACUUAUGUGGAUGACCAAGUUGAAAGUGCCGGUGAGCAAGUGCUCGUAUUUCGACGCACCAUCACUCGCACGGGUGAAGCAAAGUUCCAGGUUAACAGCGCAACGGUCUCCCAAGCAGACUACCAAAAGCGCCUCGAGAGCAUCAACAUUCUGUCUAAGGUGAGAAACUUCCUGGUGUUCCAAGGAGAUGUGGAAGCGACAGCACAAAGACAGGGCAAGGAGCUCACUGCAUUCUUUGAGCAAAUCUCUGGAUCCGACGCGUUUCGUCAGGAGUACGACCGCUUGGCCACUGACAAGACAAAGCUCGAAGAGCAAGCAAGGUAUCUCUUUACAAAGAAACGCAAUGCCAUCAAUGAGCGCAAGAGAGUCUCUCAGCAAAAGGAUGAGGCUGAUGAGUACCGGCAGCUCAAGAGUGUUCAACAAGACCUUCAGCGGGAGUACUUUCUUUUUCGCCUGCACGGUGUAAGCUGUCAGCUCGAGAAGUCCAAGAAUACUCGUGAGGCAGCCAUUGAGGAAAAGGAGGCUGUGAAAGAGCAAAUGGAAUCUGAGAAGAAGAAUUUGGAGGCAGCAGAUCAAGCAAGGGCAAAAGCUCGCCUGGACACCCAACAGGUUGAAAAGCAGAUAGUAGCAGUCAAGGCAAAGCUGGAGCGUCUUCACCCUGAGCGAGUCACUGUGAAAAGCCGGCUUGCAUUUCUGGCAAACAGGCUGGAGGAGCUGUCUGAUUCUGCAGAGAAGGAUGGCCAAAGGCGCAGCAAGUUGCAAGAGCAGCUUAGAGCCAUUAGAGAGGAAGAAGCGAAGCUAGAGUCUCAACAAGAAGAAUUGAAGAAAGGGUUGGCAGAUCGAGCACUCGUCUUCACUCCAGACCAGCUGGAGGAGUUUGACCGUGUGAAGCGCGAAACUGAAAAAGCAACCGCUGCGAGUGGGGACGCUUUGCGCCAGCUUGAACACCAACUGAAGGUUGUCCGCCAAGAACGUGUGCAAGCAGAAGGUGACCAGCGAGAUGCCACCGCACGGCAGAGCCAUCUCAAUCAGCGCUUGCAAGAGCUCAACGAGGCCGAGACUGCAGCCUGUGCUGCUAUGGAGAGCAGUGCGGCCUUGAUGGACCAGCGUUCACAACAGCUGGUGCAGAUGCACGAGUCACUGAAGAGCCGAAGUGGUGAGAAAGAGGAAUUGCAGAAGGAACGGAACUCCCUUCUCGAUUUCAUCCAAGACUUCACUGCUACAGAGCAGCAGCUAGAAAGAGAGCGCGAACUUGGUCAGAUUUGCGCAAGUUUGGCGGAAGCUUGCCCUGGUGUCUUUGGCCGGGUGGUUGACCUUUGUAAGCCCUCACAGAAACGCUUGCACGUGGCCGUGAAUGUGGCAAUGGCAAAGUUCCUUGAUGCGAUCAUCGUGGAAUCAAGUGAAGCAGCUCGGGCCUGUGUGCGCUACCUCAAGGAGAGAAUGUUGCCUCCGAUGACCUUCUUACCAAUGGCAGAUCUGCGAGUUACAGAUCUUGACCCGCGACUACAGAAUCUGGUCCAAAGCCAACGAGGACUUCGUUUGGGCCUCAAUUGUGUCUCCUUCGACGAGAAGUACUCGAGGGCCUUCAAUUUCGUCCUUGGAGAUGUUGUUGUGGCAGACACGAUGGCGGAUGGGCGGCGCCUGGCCUUUGGAGAUUCUCGCAAGCUGGGAGUCACCUGCAAGGUGGUGACACUCGCCGGAGAGGCAAUCGCAAAGAAUGGCAACUUAUCGGUCAAUUCUGAAGCUACUCAAGCAGGGGCAACCCGCUUUGACGUCUCCGAGCUGGAGGCAACGAAGGCUCGUAUGGAGAGCAUUGACCGGCGAAUGCAUCAGAUUCACUCACAGGAAUCUGCUGGAGGAGCUGAUGUGGCAGCUUUGGAGCUCGACAUGAGGCGGGUUGAAGGAAAAGCACAGGAAGCUGCGAUGCGCCUGCAGCAGUGCCAAGAAGAGCUGCGACAAAAACGUGCAGAGCUGCAGUCUGUUGAGGCUACAGUGGCAGCCGUGCAACCAGAAGCGCAACGCUUGGCCUUGGAAGAGGCUCGUUUGCGAGAGGAACAGCGCUCCAUUGAGGCCAGAGUCAGCGAAGCAGUGGCUGGACACUUUGCCCAUUUGAGUGCUGCAAUGGGUGUUGAUGAUGUCAGAAAGAUGGAGCGUGAGUUCCGUCGAGAGAAAGAAGCAGUGGAUCAGCAAACCGCUCAGCUCGCCAGAAGGCUUCGAAAUGUCAAGGCUGAGAUCUCCAUGCUGGAACAGACCCUCGAAGAGCGAAGGACCAAAGACCCUAAAGAGCUGGAAGCAAAGUUCUCUGAAGAGGCCGCUGAGCUCCGCACCAAGGAGACCAAGUUGGCACGUGAGGCAAAGUCCUUGGAGAAGAAGGUCUCGGAACAGGAGCAGCAACUUUCUAGGAGUCACGAAGCCGAGCGGGAUAACGACAAGGUUUUGUCAGCUCUCCGUCAGCAGCAAAAAGAGAGACGGCAGCAACUCAUGGCAGCGGAGAAGAAGGUGAGUGACUUGGGGUCUGAACAGCAGGCUUUGUUGAGCAACCAAUCAACCAUUUUGCGGCAAAGCUUAUUGGAGGGCAUUGAGGUGCCGCUGCUCCGUGGCGGACCGGAGGCACUGCAAGAGCUUGCGGAGGAAACGCAGCCUGCUUCGGCGCCAACACAACGCUCGCCUGUUGAUACCAGCAGUAUUCUGGUGGAUUUCUCUUUGUUGGCGGAGGAGAAACAAGCUGCUUCCCAUGGUGCUGCAGCGCAAAUGCUGGAGGCGGAAUACAAAGCAGAGUUGGAGCGGCUGCGAGCGGAGCUUGAGCGUCUCAGCCCGAACCUCAAAGCCGUCGACCAGCUACAAGGUGUGGCCGAAAACCUUCAGGCUGCUUCCCAUGAAGCUGAUGCUGCUCGCAAAAGCAUCGAAGAAAUUGAGGGCAAAUUCGAGACUGUCCGAAAGGCUCGGAAGGAGAAAUUCAUUGAGUGCUUUCAGAAGGUCUCGGCAGCCAUUGGACCUGUGUACCGACGUCUCACUGCUCAGAAUGGCGCAGAUGGUGGCUCUGCAUACCUUGAUUUGGAGGAUGCAGAAGAUCCCUUCAAUGGAGGAAUUAAGUUCACAGCUAUGCCUCCAGCGAAGCGCUUCCGUGACAUGCACCUUCUGUCUGGGGGUGAGAAGACCUUGGCGGCCAUGGCGUUGCUCUUUGCUGUCCAAGCCUUUCAGCAGCCACCCUUUAUGGUUUUGGAUGAGGUUGAUGCGGCGCUUGAUGCCAACAAUGUUCGAACGUUGUCAAAGUAUGUGGAGCAGGCUGGAUGCCAGACCAUUGUGAUUUCCCUAAAGGAUCGUUUCUUCAUUCGAGCCGAAGCACUUGUCGGGGUGUGGAAGAACAAGCUGCAGGAGACUUCCGCAAUCCUGACAUUGGAUCUGACGAGGUACAUUGAGCACAAUGCUCAGUUUGAUGCCAAAAGGGCUUGGACUGAACUACCCCUUACGACGGAUUUGAACUUGUUCGCUGCACCUCAAGCGCCACUCAGGUCGGCCUGAUGAAGCACACACACCAUGGUAUACGAUCCAUUCACAUCAUAUCUCAAUUCAAUGAUGGUGUGAGCUGUCAUGCUGGAACUGUGGAAGCUGCCGGUUUUAGAAUGUUUUCGAAUAUAGUUGAGAGAUGUUGAGAGGUUGGUUUCAGACUUGCAAG